AUGGCAGAUGUGAAUGACGUUGAAACCCCGGCCGUAUCCGCAGCUGGCUCCCAAACCCUCGCCAGUGCUGAUCAUGCGACAACAAAUGGAGUCACUCAAGAGGCAGAAGUCGGAGGAGAUCAAGGCACUAUUUUUCAACUGACAGUACACCUCCCUCAUGACCCAGAGCAAAUCCAGAUCAUGGUCUCCUCCCAAGAGGCAAUCCACGAUGUCCGGCAAUCGAUUAUUGAAUUGCCAGGCACUUUGCAAUACUCAUGCUUUCAUCUGGAGCACACCGGAGAGCGAAUCAAUGACUUCAUUCAAAUAUCUGAAGUCAAAGGCCUCACUAGCGAUUCUGAAGUGAUGCUUGUGGAGGACCCGUAUACCGAGAAGGAGGCACGAUUGCACACUGUUAGAGUGAGAGAGCUUAUUGGUGCUGCUGGAGAUCGGACGGAUACUCUGCACGGCAUUUUGUCAGGCAUCUCCCUUCAUGACUCAGUCACUGCUGCGGAAUCAGGCUUAAAUGGUCCACUCACCGCACAUUCCAUGUCAGGAUAUGACUUCGAAGCUCCCGGCGUAUUGUCUUCUCUUCUUCCAGAGACUCAAGAACAGCCUCCCAAGACUGUGAAGUCGAUAUCUGUCUCUCCCUGGAACCCACCACCUUACCACCUCAAACAGAGAGGUCACCUACUUUAUCUGCUGUUGACGACCAGUGAGGGAGAGCAGUAUCAAAUUACCUCUCAUGUUUCUGGGUUCUUCGUAAACAAGUCCACCAACAGCAAAUUCGACCCCUUUCCAAGAGGUGCUCCUAAAGCACAAUCAGCACACUCCCUAUUGACUCUGAUCAGCAACUUGUCACCGUCAUUCGCCGCAGCUUUCAAGAAGCUUCAGGAUUUCAACAACACAAAGGAACCAUUGGCGACUUUCCAGAUUACGAACGCUACCCCGUCUAGCCCCUGGAUCGUCCCGAGUUUGACUUCGCCUCUUACGACACACCAAGCAGACAUCACGCGAACACAGGAGAGCUUCUUGAUAUCUGGCAUCGAAAAUACGGAGACGCUGCGGGAUUGGAACGAGGAGUUCCAGUCUACCAGGGAACUUCCAAAGGAGACGGUCCAGGACCGUGUAUUUCGGGAACGUUUAACCUCUAAGCUAUUCGCAGACUACAACGAGGCCGCAGCCCGAGGUGCUAUCCUCGUAGCCAGAGGUGAGGUGGCCCCUCUCAACCCAACCGAGGGCAAAGAUGCACAAAUAUUCGUGUACAACAAUGUAUUCUUCUCAUUCGGCGCCGACGGGGUAGGCACUUUUGCAUCAGAGGGUGGGGACGAGGCAGCAAGAGUGGCAACGGGGAAGGACGUCUUGGGCGUUCGUAUGGUAAACCAAUUGGACAUUGAAGGACUUUUCACUCCUGGGACGGUUGUUGUGGACUAUUUGGGGAAGCGUCUCGUAGGACAGAGCAUUGUUCCUGGUAUCUUCAAACAACGCGAACCAGGGGAGAACCAGAUCGACUAUGGUGCAGUGGAUGGCAAGGAGGUUGUGGCGGCUGAUAAAAGCUUCGUUCCAGUAUUUGAAAAGCUCUCGAAAGCUUUGAAAGUGAAAAAGCAUGCAGUAUGGGACAAGGAAGGGAAAUGCCAUUUUCUCGAGGGAAGUGUAGAGACAAAGGGGCUGCUAGGAACGGAUGGGCGGAAAUACGUCCUCGAUUUAUAUCGGAUUACCCCUCUGGACAUAUCGUGGAUGGAGGAAUAUGGGACUGCGAUUGGUAGCACCGAGCAAGCGAACGGCUCUGCUGAGACAACCUAUCCUCAUCGGAUGACUGUCCUGAGGCCCGAGCUGGUUGAUACAUACUGGAAGUUCAAGAUGAGAGAAUGGGUGAAUAGUGAACUCGAGAAGAGACGCCAAAACCAGACAGAGACAUCAGGACCAACGAAGAAGCUUGGAAGCAAAGACUUGGCUGAGGAUGGUUCAAGCACCGUCAAAGACAAACCAGAGGUCGGUGAAUUGAAGGAGGCUGACUCGAACUCGACUGCUCUCGACAAAGCCGCCGAUAUUGACAAGGACAAGAUAGAUGUUUCGAACUUCGGUUUUGCUCUGAACCCAGACGCCUUCAGUGGCCAGGAACCACACACUGACGCCGAAAAGGAGCAACUGGCCAAGGAUGAGCAAGAGGUCCGGCUUGCCUGCGAGUUCCUCCGCGUAACUAUCCUUCCCGAAUUUGUGAACGACCUGAGAGAGGGUGAUGUUGGUUUUCCAAUGGAUGGACAGUCCUUGAGCCGACUGCUGCACAAACGUGGUAUUAACGUUAGAUAUCUGGGGAAGAUCACAACGCUUGCGGAAGGGAAGAGACUAGAAUCUCUCCGUAUCCUUUCAAUCCAAGAGAUGGUAUCGAGAGCCUUCAAGCACGUUGCGGGCAAGUAUUUACGGUAUUUGCCUAUUCCAUUGACUGCGGCUUGCAUCUCUCAUCUCCUCAACUGCUUGCUCGGAGCCGACCUGAACCCUAAGCCCAAGGCAGAAGUCGAUGAAGCUUUGAUCUCUUUGUAUCCAGACGCAGAUCUGGAUUUCCAGAAAGUAUCCCCUGAGAGCUUACGAGGAGAGCUCGAGAACCAAAUUCUCCGCCGCUUCCAGUAUACGAUCGACAAGGCUUGGUCUUUAAAUAUCAAGCCACUACAGCUCCUUCGUGAAGUCUCGCUGAAACUUGGACUGCAACUCGAGAUGAAAGAGUACCGCUUUACUACUCAGCAGAUUAAGAGUCCAGUUGAAUCUACUUCGCCCGUCAAUGGAACCGCCGUGAAGGAUAACAGCGCAAACGGGCAGAGCACCAGCAACAAGAAGAAAAAGAAGACUCGUGACGGCUCUCCGGCAUCUAUUGCCUCCUCCAACGUUUGUUCUCCGCAAACAUUUAGCCCCGACGAUAUUCUAAACAUCGUCCCUGUCAUCAAAGAAGCAUCGCCAAGAAGCUCACUUGCGGAAGAGGCUCUCGAAGCCGGAAGAAUAUCAAUUAUGCAAAACCAAAAGAAGCUCGGCCAGGAGCUCUUGUUAGAGUCGCUUUCGCUUCACGAACAAAUCUACGGCAUUAUCCACCCCGAGGUAGCCAGAGUUUACAACACGUUGUCAAUGCUUUACUAUCAGCUCGAGGAGAAAGACGCCGCUGUUGAGCUUGCACGAAAAGCUGUAAUCGUAUCGGAGAGGACUCUUGGCGUUGACAAUGCAGAAACACUCUUGAGUUAUCUCAACUUAGGGCUCUUCGGGCAUGCUAGUGGAGAGACAAAAUCUGCUCUGGGCUAUAUAAAGCACGCCUUGGGACUAUGGAAAGUCAUCUACGGUCCAAACCAUCCCGACUCCAUCACGACCAUCAACAAUGCGGCAGUGAUGUUGCAGCACUUGAAAGAUUAUCACGAGUCGCGACUAUGGUUUGAGGCAUCCUUGAAGAUCUGUGAAAAUGUCUACGGGAAGCAGUCGAUCAACGCAGCAACACUUCUAUUCCAGCUGGCACAGGCGUUGGCGCUCGAUCAGGAUUCCAAAGGGGCUGUAAAUCGCAUGCGUGAAUCGUACAACAUCUUCCUCAAUGAGCUCGGCCCCAACGACAAGAACACGAAGGAAGCUGAAAGCUGGCUUGAGCAACUCACUCAGAACGCGGUAUCCAUCGCUAAGCACGCCAAAGAUGUGCAGGCACGUCGUAUUAGGUUGUCACCACGUGUGACCCUGGGCCAAACCCACCCUCAACCCCAGGUUGGACAGACUGCGCAAGCCGCAACAGGGCGUGACCCACAAAAUUCCAUGGGUCUCGACUCUCGCAGUAUUGAUGAGCUGCUCAAAUUCAUCGAAGGUACUGACCAAACCGCGAAAGCAAAGAAGCGACCUGGACGCAGCAACCCGAAGAGACGGGGUGCUGUUGUAUCAUAA